UGGGGCUCUCCUUUCCACUCCCCUUUCCCAGGUCCCCAGCACCAGGGCAAGGCGCCUGCUUCCCCCCUUCAGCGCUGCUGCUGCUGUUGCUGCUGCUCUUGCAAAACUGGAAUUGGCUGGGAUUAUUUAAGGAAAAAAAAAAGGAGAAGGGAUCAGAGCAGCCGCCAGAGAGAGGGCGAUAGAGUCCACUUUCCUCCAACUGCCCUGGGUCUCCCUCCCUCGCUCUCUUCUCUUCAGCAACACCAAGAGCCCCAAACUGAACCCAAAGCAGCUUUUUCCAUCAGUUCAGUUCCCUUCCCUUCCUCUGUCUCACACACGGCAAGGAGAGAGCCCCUUCCUCCCCUUGAUUUUCCUUCGCAUGCUCAGCCCCUUGUUUCCUUUAAAGCACUAGAAAUCCCCCUUCUUGCCCCUGCUCCUCCCUGCAGACUGGGAUUGCAAUGGGAGCUUUGCAGAUUGCUGGAUUUUCCAUCCUUUUCUUUCUCCUCCACUCUGGAAACACUCUGGCAAAUAAAGCCAGUCAAGAUGUCGAUGAGUGCGUGGAGGGCACCGACAACUGCCACAUUGAUGCCAUCUGCCAGAACACCCCCAAGUCCUACAAAUGCAUCUGCAAGUCCGGCUACACCGGUGACGGGAAGCACUGCAAAGAUGUCGAUGAAUGCGAGCGGGAAGACAACGCGGGCUGCGUCCACGAGUGCGUGAACAUCCCCGGCAACUACCGCUGCACCUGCUACGACGGCUUCCGCCUGGCGCACGAUGGCCACAACUGCUUAGACCUGGACGAGUGCUCGGAGGGCAACGGCGGGUGCCAGCAGACCUGUGUCAACAUGAUGGGCAGCUACGAGUGCUUCUGCCGAGAGGGCUUCUUCCUCAGUGACAACCAGCACACCUGCAUCCAGCGCCCCGAAGAAGGAAUGAACUGCAUGAACAAGAACCACGGCUGUGCCCACAUCUGCCGGGAGACCCCCAAGGGGGGCAUCGCCUGUGAGUGCCGCCCUGGCUUUGAGCUCACCAAGAACCAGCGUGACUGCAAAUUGACCUGUAACUAUGGGAACGGGGGUUGCCAACACACCUGCGAUGACACGGACCAGGGACCCAAGUGUGGCUGCCACGUCAAGUUCCUGCUCCACUCCGACGGGGUGACGUGCAUAGGGGAGAGACACUUCCAGCAACACGUUAUCCUUGAGACGUUUUCUAAUGAGACGUGUGCUGUGAACAACGGGGGCUGUGACAGCAAGUGUCACGAUGCGGCCACGGGCGUCCACUGCAGCUGCCCCAUGGGCUUCAUGCUCCAACCCGACAGGAAGACCUGCAAAGACAUCGACGAGUGCCGGCUCAACAAUGGUGGCUGUGACCACAUCUGCAGGAACACCGUGGGCAGCUUUGAGUGCAGCUGCAAGAAGGGCUACAAGCUGCUCAUCAAUGAGAGGAACUGCCAAGACAUCGACGAGUGCUCCUUUGACCGGACCUGUGACCACCUCUGCAUCAACACUCCCGGCAGCUUCCAGUGCCUCUGUCACAAGGGCUACACGCUGUAUGGGCUCACGCACUGUGGAGACAUUGACGAAUGCAGCAUCAACCGGGGUGGCUGCAAAUUCGGCUGCAUCAACACACCUGGCAGCUAUCAGUGUACCUGUCCCACUGGCUGCAAGCUGCACUGGAACAAGAAGGACUGUGUCGCCGGCGCGUGUCCCACGGAGCUGGUGAAAUGCCUGCCAGGUUCGGUGCCACCACGGGCCACCCUCACCUGCAACAAGACAGGCAAGAAGGAUAGCUGUGCCCUCUCCUGCACCUCCAAGGCACGAUUUCUGCCAGAAUCUGACAGCAGCUACACGGUGAGCUGUGGGACCCCCAUCCUGCGGCAGGGUAGCCAGCACAGACCCACAAACAGCAGCCAGCAGUGCCUCGAGACUGUCACUGCACCAGUCAAGCAGAAGGCCUCCUUCAAGAUCAAGGAUGCCAAAUGUCACCUGCACCCACGGGCCAAGGGCAAGCAGGAUGAGGCUGGGAAGGCUGGGGCACAAGGUGGUUCGGCACCUUGCUCUGACUGCCAGGUCACCUUUGUCAACCUCAAGUGCGACUCAAGCAAGAAGGGGAAGGGCCGCCGGGCUCGCAACUCACCCAACAAAGAGGUGACACGCAUCACGUUGGAGUUCGAGGCGGAGAUCAAGCAAGAGGAGAUCACAGCCAGCUGCAACCUGCAGUGCCUGCGACAGAGAGUGGAGAAAAAACUGAAGUCGGCCAUCAAAGCCCUGAAGAAAUCCAUCAACCAGGAGCGGUUCCUGCUCCGCUUCGCAGGGAUGGAGUACGAGGUGGCGCGGAAGCUGAGCGUGGCCCCGGAGCGGCAGGAGAGCUGCGGGCCGGGCCAGCAGCGCCUGGCUGGCAAGUGUGUCAGCUGCUCGCAGGGAACCUAUUACAAUGGGCAGACGGAGCAGUGUGUGCCCUGUCCCCCCGGCACCUACCAGGAGAAGGAGGGGCAGCUUUCCUGUGACCUGUGUCCCCGCGGCGACACAUUCGGACCCGUAGGAGCCACCAACAUCACCAGCUGCACAGGUCAGUGUCCCCCUGGCCAGCACUCUGUUGAUGGCUUCAAGCCCUGCCAGCUGUGUCCCCGUGGGUCCUACCAGCCCGAAGUGGGACGGGCGCUCUGCUUCCCUUGUGGUGGGGGGCUGACCACCCGCCACGAGGGAGCCCUCUCCUUCCAGGACUGCGACACCAAAGUCCAGUGCUCCCCUGGGCACUACUACAACACAAGUGUCCACCGCUGCAUCCGCUGCACUGUGGGCACCUACCAGCCCGAUUUCCGGCAGAAUUACUGUAUUGCCUGUCCUGGCAACACCACCACUGACUUCGAUGGCUCCACCUCUGUGUCCCAGUGCAAAAACCGGCAGUGUGGAGGGGAGCUGGGUGAGUACACAGGCUACAUCGAGUCUCCAAACUACCCGGGGAAUUACCCUGCCAAUGUCGAGUGCACCUGGAACAUCAACCCGCCACCCAAGCGCAAGAUCCUCAUCGUGGUGCCAGAGAUCUUCCUCCCCUCUGAGGACGAGUGUGGCGACGUCUUGGUCAUGCGGAAAAACUCCUCCCCAUCCUCUAUCACCACCUACGAGACGUGCCAGACCUAUGAGAGGCCCAUCGCCUUCACCGCCCGCUCCAGGAAACUGUGGAUCAACUUCAAAACCAGUGAAGCCAACAGCGCCCGGGGCUUCCAGAUCCCUUAUGUCACCUAUGACGAGGACUAUGAGCAGCUGGUAGAGGACAUUGUGCGGGAUGGAAGACUCUACGCCUCUGAAAACCACCAGGAGAUCCUCAAGGACAAGAAGCUCAUCAAAGCUUUCUUCGAUGUGCUGGCACACCCCCAGAACUACUUCAAGUACACUGAGAAGCACAAGGAGAUGCUGCCCCGCUCCUUCAUCAAACUCCUCCGCUCCAAAGUCUCAAGCUUCCUUCGGCCUUACAAAUAGCCCCUCCGUGCCCCCGCUGUCCCGGGCCGCCCCGCAGCCAAGGAAACCCUCUUCUCCCUUCCUUCUCCUUUCCGAUUUUUCCUUCCUACACCCGGCUCUGGCAGGAUCACCACCGCUCGUCCCGCAAGACAUCUCCCCAUGAUUUCCCCGCCGCUCCCUGCAGAGCAGUGCUCCCAGCCUUGGGGAUGCUCUGGCCUCAUCCAGCUGGGGAUGAAGCCACUCCCCUUUUUCAAAGCAGCUUCUUCGUUUUAGGAACUGAAGUACUGAUCCUUUCACUGUCCUCUGUCCUGCCUUUGGUUUCCUUUUCGCCAGGCCUGUCCACAUUCCCUGGUGCCACUGGCAGCCCAGGACACUGAGGGGGUCAUUGUCCUUCCAGCCCUUGGGGUUGGUGCCAGCUGCAGCCCCACAGAGAGCCCUUGGCAGAGGAGUGCAGGAGGUGACACCAUGUUCACCACAGCGCUGGGCCAUGGGCAUCGGUGCUGCUUUGCAGAGGUCAGGGGAAAGACAACUGACAAAGCCAACUUGAUUAAAAAGGAAAUGUAAAGGAGAGAUGGCAAAGCCCACCAGCGUGGCAGCGUGGUGGCUCCGUGGCCAUCCCACUGGAGAGCCGGGCUGGCACUGGGAGGGAAGCGCAGCCAAGCCACGUUCCCAGAGAACAAUGUCUGGCUGCACAGGAGAAAACAGGGAGCAAAGGAGAAGGACUUUCAGCUGGGUUCGAUUUUUUUUUUCCCCCCCAACUCCAGACACUUGUGCCAAGAAACCAGACUUUGUUACAAGCUCGGCCAAAGAGUAACUCGGAAAAGCAAGCUUUGAGAAGAGCAGGAGUCAAUGUUUGUGCACUAGGAUAUACUCCUUUCUACCUUUCUCAUAUGUAUUAAGUGCAAUCAUUUGAAUCUUCUUUAUAUUAUUUAGAGGGAAGUUGUUUUUGUUUUUUUUUCUACUAGAAACGACAAUAUUUAUACCUGCCUGAGAAAUGAGAAUGUGCAUUUGCAAGAAAACUAAAACCACCCACCUAGAGCAAGCCCGGCCCUGGGCUGCACUGACCGGCAUGAUGGCGUCUUCAAAGCUUUUCUGCCACAUUUGUCCCCAGUAAAAGCCCCUGUUCUGGGGGGAGAUGGUGUCUCCUGCUCAGCGCAAUGGGGUGAGUUUUUGCAGGGAGUUUGAGGCGUCUUGAUCCGUUCACAGGGGGUGGAGCAGCUGGGUUGGCCGUGCCCUUUCACGCUCAUCUGCCACGGUUUGGGUGUUGUUCAAGCCUCAUUGUGAGUGGGAUCAAAACUCGGCCCAUCAUCUGCUUGUUGCAAACUGAUCUGCUUUCCUGCAGGGGCUCAUGGACAAGCCAAGACCCUGGAAGACUGGAUGGCAGCUCCUAAGGCCAGGUCUGGGGGGCACACUGGGAGGAGAGGGGAGCUGCCCUUCCACUCAGCCCCUAAAUCUUUCCCCCAGGUAUGGAGAGACCCGGAGGCAGAGCCACCCUCCCGCCUCUGGGCAGGCUUUGUGCUUCCAAAUCUCUCUUCCAAGGUGCUUUUGGCUCCGUCCUUCUGCAUGUGCUCGUCCCACAGGCAUGCUGUGGGAGCCCCUCCCCAGGGAAUGGGGUGCAGAUCCUGGGAAAGACCCAUCCUGCCACCUGCUGUUUUACUGCCACCUGCCUGUCCCCUGCUUUGCAGAAAGGCUUGGCUCGGGACGAGAGCCAGGUGGACACCACUGGUGGGUUUGACCACCAGCAUCUUCAUCCAGACAGGACCCCCAAGGACAGGUGACUGCUGCAGUCAUCCCUCCUCGUCCUCCCCAAGCCUCCCUCCCUUUCCAGCCCUGCCACCAGCUCUCAGCUGUCACCUUCCUGUGCCUUCAUCCCCAUCUUCAACCUCUCAAAAACCUGGAGUUGCCAGGACUAAACAUGGUCAACUUGUCUACAGCUCUGCCAGAGGCAGGUCCCCUCCCACCCUUGUCCCCGCUCGUCCCUCCCCAUCCCUUUGCCCACACCUGGGCCCAUGUGCCAAGCCCUGCUUUUAACAAACCAAUUAUUUAUUGCUCUGCGUAUCCCACUGGGUCUGUCUUUCCUGAAUCUGGGAGGCAGCUGCUUAUCCCUGUUUUCCCUCCUUGAUCCACACUGCUCCAGCACUCCAAGAGCCUCUCUCAGGCUCCGUGAGGGGCUGCUGGCAGGGUGAGCACUGGCACAGGGGCUGAGGUUUGUCCCCGGGAUGCAUCAGUUAGAAAAGUCUGUCCUGAUUCAUCCCAGCUGUGGAUUUUCCCCUCCUGCCGCCGGCUCCCAGCCUGUUUGGAAGCUCCACAUCUGUGGGCCGAGCUGUUUGCCACUUGGUCGCUGUCUGAAAGCAGCUGCUUUGAUGCACAAAAGCUGCUGCAGGGAUCUGGAGGGGUUGUGUGGCUCUGGAACAGUCGUGCGAGGCAGUGACCCUUGAAAGGGUCCUUCAUAUUCAGAAGAAAAAAAAAACAACAGCAAAAAUACAACAAGCCUGGGAAUGACCAA